AUGUCGUCUCCACUAUCAGAAGCCCAUGAAGAGGCUCCGAAUGCCUCCAACGAGCGCCGCUCUCGUCGCUCGGGACGCGUCUCGCGCAAGCCCGAACUUUACAUUGAAGAAGCACCUGCUUCCAAGCGCAAGCGUGAUGCCGCAGAUGACGACCAGCUUGACGAGGACGAGGACUCUGAUGAAGUGGAGGAGGAGGAGAGCGAGCCUGGCGAGGAAGAGCUCAAGGAGCAGAAAGCCAAAGCUCGCAAGACAAAGGCCGCCGCACCAAAGAAACCCGCUGCGAAGCGCUCAAAAACGAAUGGCACCUCGGUCUCGUUACCUGUCAGAGCAGCUGGCAAGAAGAGUCGCUCGAAGAAAGCCAAGGGCGUGGACGAGGCUGUUGCAGAACAAGUAGGAGGUCUUUACGCCCAGGUGUUCGCACGAGGCAAGACGCUGGAAGAAGCUGCCGAAGAAUGGCUCACAGCAUUCAACGAACACGAAUCCGGUGCUGUGGCAGAUCUGCAAAAUCUGUCCGAAUACCCCAUCAUCGCAAAGGGCAAGGGCACUGCCGCCUUCAAAGACUCGGUGACAGGCUUCUUCUACACUCUGAUCAAGGCCAUACACACCACCAACGUCCUUUUCUCAAACAUUGAACUCAUCGAGAACAUACAAGUAUGGCUCGGCACCAUGUCAGCAGCCCAGAACAGACCUUUCAGACACACCGCGACCGUCGUCUCUCUAGCCGUCAUAUCCGCUCUCUGCGAGGUCGGUAGUGAGCUGGCUGAAGAGGCUUCGAAAGCCCUCCGCCACAGUGAGACCCAGAAAAAGGGCAAGAACGCGAACAAAACACGAGUCAGCGAGCUGCAGAACUAUUCAAAACAAGCGAAGGCAAACCAGGAGAUCCUCGACAACACAGUAAAAGACUGGUUCGAGACCGUCUUCAUUCACCGCUACAGGGAUGUUGAUCCUCACAUUCGCGUAGAUUGUGCAAGAGCCAUCGGAGACUGGAUGAUCGCCUACCCAGAUCAAUUCUUCAAUGGCAAACACCUAAGAUACCUCGGAUGGUUGCUUUCAGACACGAAUCACUCGACUCGUCUCGAAGUAGUCAAGCAGCUGCAUCGUUUUUACGCCGACAAGAACAAACUCGGCGGUCUCAAGGCUUUCACCGAGCGCUUCAGAAGCCGCAUGGUCGAGAUUGCCACGAAAGAUGCCGAACCGAGUGUACGAGCCGCCGCUAUAGAACUGCUCGACAACCUGAGGAAGGCUGGUCUGCUCGAGCCCGACGAUAUCGACAAGAUUGGACGACUCAUCUUCGACGCUGAGCCGCGAGUGAGAAAAUCGGUAGUAGGCUUCUUCGCCGAAAGCAUUAACGACGCCUACGAAGCAAAGGUCGACACACUCGGUGGUCAGGAGACGUUGGACGAAAUCCUUGGAGAAGAGAACGACUCGUACGAUAGCCCGUGCCAUGAGUGGAUCAAGCUCAAGUGCCUCGCAGAGGGAUUGGACUCGUACGACUCAGCAGAUGGCCCCCUACCACCGAGUGUCGAAAGAGGUCCUGGUCAGGGCGGAUAUCUGCUGCACGCUGGUUCAGCAGACACCCGCUUCAUGAUUGCUGCAGACACGCUCCACGACCAGAUUGAAGAGGUUCGUAAAUGGGAAAAGCUAGCUGGCUAUCUUCUGUACGACACUUCUGUCGCCGACCAGAAUGGGGAUGCAGCUAGCGGCGAGGCACAACUCAAACAAGAGCUGAGGCUCAAGGAGAAUGAGGAAGUCAUCCUUCUUGAAGUUCUAAACUCUUCUGUCAAACAAGCCGUCUCAUCUCUUGUGGAAGCGCACGCCGACAAGAAAGCGAAGAAAACCAAGAAGCAAAAGGAGGACAUUGAAGAAAUGCAGGAGCAAGCAGCACGCCACCUCGCGAACAUGAUUCCUCGAUUGCUUAAGAAGUUCGGAGAAUCGCCGCAGACUGCCGCAAGCACACUCCGCCUGGGCCGUGUCCUAAGCCUGGAAGCCUUCCAGGAUUUCAGACAAGAUUCUUCAACAUAUGCGACACUGCUGAAUGACUUCAACAAGCAGUUCCUGUCUCAUAGUAAUGAGGAGGUACUGGCAGAAGCCAGUCGAGCCUUGUUGCGCGCAAAGAGCUAUCAUGAGCUUGGAGACGUUCCUGACGAGAGAAUAGAUACUCUCUGGGAAGAUACCAUCAGCACAUUCAACACACUCACGCACGACAAGGACCUCGAAACACGUGGACUGUUGUCUACUACCGUUCUCGAUGCUGUUUCCAAGACAGUGCUGCGUCUCGAGAAACUGUCCAGCAUCUCCAAUCCUGUCGAAUGCCUUGAAACUCAACCUUCUGCACCAGCUAACGCACGCACUAACCUAUCGGAACCUUCUCCACCUAUCGACUCGCUUAUUGCUCUCAUCAAUCGUGCUGCUUCGCCAAAAGGCUCGGACCCGGAGACUGCUGCUCUUGAUGAUGCUCUUGCCAUGCACGCCUCGCGCACAGUCUGCUUCUACUUCAUGUGGAGGAUACCCGCCUUCAUCAAGUCACUACAAACAGUCGCUCUACCCGAUAUCGAGCUCGAGAAUCUUGCCGUAAGACGCGAUGCCUACGUCAGCGCUCUGGGUUCAGUAUUGAAAACACGACCCGUGAACGACGAGCUCAGCCCUCUGGUCUCGGGCAUGCUCCUCGACGCACACACCGUGAUGGCCAUCCUCCGCCAAGUCACAACAGACAAAAAUGGCGACGAAUACCUCGUGCUCGCUCUGGAAAUGGACGCCGUACUUCAGAAGCGCAUCCUCCGCGUCUUUGGCGCCGUCGAAGCCACUUUCGCAAAAGCCAGCGGCAAACACGUUGAAGUCGAAGCCGAGAACUCACAAGCCGCCACCCAAGACUCUGAUGAUGACGACGAUGACGAGCCCGCCGACCCUAUUGACGCCGACCCCGAAGACUCGGACGAAGCAGAAGAGGACGAAGAUGCAGAAGGAGGCGAUGAACAACAGACCCAAUCUUCCCAAGCCAAACGCGUUGCCAAACUCCAGAAUUCAUUGCUUGCUGAACAACGACUCUGCGAACUGGCAUCGAAGCUUGUUCUGGCUGUUCUGGGACGCAUGGUCAAUGUGGAGGUCGUCAAGCAGAGGCUCGAACGCAACAAAACGCGCUUGGGACACAACUUUAAACUCGUGCUUGAGCACUUGGAUGCUGCGCAGGGGAAGGGCAAGAAGGCAAAGGGCAGAGCUGCCACUGUUGCAAAGACUGGCGCUCAGCAGGCGAAGACCAAGGCACCUGCACAACAGCAGAAGAGUGCAGAGGUUGUUGUGGAGGAUGACGAUGACGAGGAAGCAGAAGACGAAGACGUUGUGCGUGAGAGGGAAAUCCAAGAGGAUGAUGAAAUGGCCGAUGUCAACAAUGAUGAGCAUGAGGAAGGAGGUAAUCAAGAGGAAGUCGCUGCUGAUGCUGAUGCUGAUGCUGAUGCUGAGAGCGUGAUUGGCGAUUAG